AUGGACGUUGGACGAGGACUUCUGGCUCCGACUCUGCCCUCCUCUUCAUCCCCGCCAUCUCUUCCUGAUAGUUGCUUUCCUACAUCCGUUCAUUAUCAGCCACCACGAAUAAUACAAUAUGGGCACUCGGAGAACCCAGGCACCCCUACCUUGCAAGAACUCGAUCCUCCCGACUUUCCACACGGGAGACAUUAUGAUGAACUGCAAAGUAAAGAAUUGCCCAGUGCAUCUCCUGCACAGCUGGAGGACAGUACUCUCAGGCAAUAUCACAGUGCAUCUUGCCCUCCUGUACUUAUGACAACAUCAAAGAGUUCAUCCAACGGAAAGGCCGUCAACGAGCGAACCCAGUGCUCUGGAAUAACACAGAAGGGGGAACCCUGCAAGCGUUGGACCAGGGCAGAUCUUGCUGGGAAAAAGUGGUACUGUCAUGACCAUAUUCCUAUUUUAACCUCCUCUCCAAUAUGUCAGACAACAUCAAAUAGUUUGUCCAUUGGAAAAGUUGUUGACGAGCAAACCCAGUGCUCUGGAAUAACACAGAAGGGGGAACCCUGCAAGCGUUGGACCAGGGCAGAUCUUGCUGGGAAAAAGUGUUCGUCCAAUGGAAAGGCUGUUGACGAGCGAACCCAGUGCUCUGGAAUAACACUGAAGGGGGAACCCUGCAUGCGUUGGACCAGGGCAGAUCUUGCUGGGAAAAAGUGGUACUGUCAUGACCAUAUUCCUAUUGUAACCUCCUCUCCAAUAUGUCAGACAAAACCAAGGGAUUCAUCCAACAGCAAGGCCAACAAGGAACAUACCCAAUACUCCGUAAUAGCACAAUUGGGAGAAUGCUACAGCCUUCCUGUCAAGGGAGACCCUGUUCUGGAGGCCCUUCAUCCUAACAUUACUGUGGCAGAGUUUGUCAAUUGGCAGACAAUACACUAUUUUAAUCUAAAUAAUGUCUCUGUGGAUUUCUCCAAAUACAUACCCAAUUACCUGCGCCCGGAUACACAAGACGCUCUACGAGCUGAAAUGAUGAAACCACCAACAAAGAGCGAUAGACCAGGUUAUGUCUAUGCUUUGGAAAUGCGAAAUGCAGACACGCAGGAGGAUUCGUCAAGGAACAUGCCAAAUAGCAAACCAUUCGUCUUAAAAGUCGGGAGAACAGUCGACCUUGAUAAGCGACUGAGGAGCUGGAAGAAACAAUGUCACAACAAAGAGCAGUUACUUUGCGGUUGGUGGCCUGGGACGAUUGCAGAUGUAAAUUCUAACCACAAUUUCGAUGACGACAGCGUUGGCAAAAACGAUGACGGAGAGAUGUGUUUGAUAAAGGGACGUGUGAACCCUGGCGAGAAGGGUGCCUUUUGUCAUAAACUGGAGAGGCUUGUACAUAUUGAGCUUGCAGACCUCGUUGUCUAUGAACCAGUCGGCGGGUGCAGGGAUCCCACAGUCGAAUCUCCAAACGCCAAGGAAGUGCGGUAA